AUGAUUGGAAUAAAAACAGCUCAGGAAACGGAAAGAGCCAAUCCCUUUGGUGUGAUGAAGGCAUUAAACAGUGUGAAUUUGGCUCUCAGCAAGGUACUUGCUCUAUAUAAUGCAAUUCCUUGCACGUCUCAUCUACAAACCCUUCCCCUCCCCACACUUUUCCUAUUGAGAGCCAUCUAUGCAUUUAGAUUAUCUCAACCUGGUGCCAGGUGCCUGGUGCUAGGAACAGAAGGCUGAAUUGGAAAAAUCAUGUGGUACAGUCCUUGAGGGUCUGUACCACUUCAGGAUUUAGGGCAGAGACUGUUGAAUGUUUGAAUGCUACCCCAUUGCAAAGAAAAAAUAUAAAACAAUUCCUGCCUAGAAAAACUGCUGUUAGGAAGAAGGAUUCUAGCCUAAGCCUUCACCUCGGUGUACAAAUUAUCCACUGUAGGAUUUUGGUCUUGGGGGAGCAUUCUCUUUUAGAAUCACCCAUCCAGAGCCAGCCCAAGACAUUUUGGCACCUGAGGCAAUCCACAAAAUGGCACCUCUCUCUCUGCCAGGUCUUGGUGCCAAUACAUUCAUACCUUGGGAUAAAUACGCUUUUGGUUAGGCAUUUUCGGGUUGCGCUCCGCGGUGACCUGGAAGUAACGGGGUGCCGAAACGUGACCCGCACACGCGCAGACGCACAAACAUGGGUUACGUUCGCUACGGAAUGCGAACAGGGCUCUGGAACGGAUCCCGUUUGCAUCCUGAGGUACCACUGUAUAGAAAUAAUGAUGACAAUUUAAAUGGAAAUAAAAUACCUCUUGCCAUAGUGGGGAAGGCUGUGGCUGGGUGACCUGUGUGAUUCCUCAGUCUGGUACCCAGGUCUAGCAGCUAAUAGGUGAUUCCAGUGCCCUUGCUAUUAUGGUUCUUUAUCUCUAAACUGGAUGUGGACCAACCAGACAGCCCUUCAAAGGAAAGGACCGUCCUCUGAUAGCCCUUCAAAAUAAAGGAUUGUCCUCUGCAUGGGGCCACCAAUAGCAGCUCGUGGAGUGGGAUGGCAUUUUUGGCUUCCCAGCACAGAGGUCACUGCUGGUAAUGGAGAGGAAGAGUAGGAAAGUGAUGGAGAGGUUGGGGCAGUGUGGGCACAGUGGCAGAGCUAAUCCGACACUCCUUCCACUGCGCUGCCUUCCCUACCGACCCCCUAUUCUGCCUCUGUGAUGCCAUCAUGCCCAGCUCUGCCCUGUUGGCUGCCACGGAUGACCACCCUAGAAUGAGAGCUUUCAAAGCAUUUUCAAAACCUUUGAUCCCCAUUCACCUAAAUCAUUACAAUAGUAGAAGCCAUUGCAAGGAUUCCCACUAAUGUAAUUCUCUUCUCUCCUCCCCACAUGCAUGACCUGUGCCAUCUUCAGAUCUGCUCUGAAGGGUUCGGAGAACCCCGGAACAAAUUUAGGGGGUGCAUGGGGUGAGGAGAGUGAGAGAAGGUUCUGUCACACAAGGAAAAUCCCUGCACUAAUGGAACCUUAACGUUAGCGCUAUGCUGAAUAUAACCCUUUGUCUCUAGGCUAGUUUAUUGCUUCCCUAUCUGCAGAAAAAUCUGAAUAAUACUAGCUUCAUAAGAAGCUUAAUUUUCUCUAUAGCGGCUGAGUUGAAAUGACUUUUUUCUCCUUUUGCUAAAAAUUGCGUCAUUGUUUGUGUUGAUUAUGUAUUUAUUUUUUGGUGUGUUUCAUUAUAAUUUUAUGGCACAUAUAUAUUUUUACUCCAUUUUUAUUCCUUUGAAAUGCUUUGGGGGUCUCAUGACUUGCAACCAAACACAGCGGUGUUUUUAGGACACUCCAUUCCAUUCCCUCUUCGACCAGUUUUUCUGUUCAGUCUCCACUGGCUGUUUUUGGGUCAACCUCCCCCCACACUCCUUAGGCUUUUUUCCUAAUGAUUUUUCGUACUUCUGCAAACUCCACUGAUAUGUCAUUCUGAGUUUGGCACUCAGAGAACUGAGAUCACGGUUAGUGCAUGUUGUACAACUAUGAACAAUUUAAAGAAUACUACUGUAGUUGCAUCAACCACACACGAAAUGACUGGGGGUACAAGGGACUUAAAGGUUUUUAAAUCAUUAUUAUAGUUAUUGUUGUUAUUUACUCACUCUUUACCCUAAAAUCCCAACAAACAAAAAUGCAUAAUGGGAUCUUUAUAAAGAACACAUGGUCUAAAUCAGUCUUCCCCAAUGGAUAAGGGAGCCUCCAGACUGUCUGUUGGAAUUUUGUGGGAGAAAUUCAAAUGCAUACCAGAACUUUCAGGCUUGUUUUCAAUGCAGCGUUACAUAAGCAUCCAAUCAGCACAAGGAUUUCUGCUUCAGCCACAGGACUCCCCACCGAUGCCCCCACAUGCCAUACCCAAAUCUGUUCCAGAGGGUGAGGGGGGGGACACCCAAAACAGAUUUAGGGACUGCACUGGGAGAAGAGAGGGAGGAGUCCCAUUGCAGAAGCAGGAAUCCUUGUGCUGAUGGGAUGCUUAUAUAGUGCCGCAUUGCAUACAAGCCUAGGUUUGCACAGCUAAAAGUAUUAAAGGGCUCUGUGGUCCUAGCACAAUAAAUUCACUUUGGUUAAGAACUGGACCUUUUGCCUUUUGGAAAGUGAUGGGACAAUGCAUUUAAAAAAGUGUGCAAUGAACAAAUGAUUAAUUAACAGGACAGUGUAUAAGCACCCCAUAAGCAAAUCAGAAUAAAUGUAGGAAAAAGGUUAAUCAUUAUUGUAUAACCGCCAUGCAAACAAAUCAGAACAAAUGCACAAGUAAGACAAGAUACAUUGCUGGAGAAAAUAAUUUCAUAAAACUGUAUUCUGAUUAUUCCAUUUUCUUUUGAGUCUGUGGCCUCCCUGAACUAAAAGGACCUGUACCUGCCUUUUAUAGUACGGAACUAGCUGCUUUUAGGUACUGUACAUAGUGAAUGUCUGUUCCAGAAUACUGAAAAGAAUAAACCGUUCAGCUCUAUGGUGGUCAUUGUAUGCAUGAAAAGAGAAUCAGCUGGGCAUGGCAAUUGUGAUUGGUCUUGAAUUGUUUUGUAGACAGAUGAAAGAGGACAUUGGAAGACUUUUAAUGAACAGGAAAAUUAGUCAAAGACUUAAUAAAGGAAGAUGCUGAAAAAUGGUUAUAUGUAAUCGUAUGAUGUUAUGAUAAGGGCUGAUCUAAAGAGCUAAAUAAUUUUGAUUGGAUCAAGAUAAUGACAUUGGGUUGCUACUAUGAAGAUUGUUGUGAUGCUUUGAUUGGCGAAAUGAACUGAUGUAUGUGUGAUCUGGAAGUGUAUCAAUAACAUUGCUUUGGAUGUGGUUCUUUGCAGCCUCCUCCUUAUUUUUGAGGUUGUCCCUAUGUGCAUUUAUAAUUCAAUAAAUGCCCAUCUUUUCACUUGAAGCCUACAUCCUUUUUAUUUGGGUUUCUGCAAGGGUAACCUCCAGUCUAGGAAUCCUUUUUUAAAUUUAUCCAACAAUAUAAUCCAACCUCCAUGUAAGUGUUGUGCAAGCAAUGCUCAAGAUGCAGGUCAUGUGGAGCAGCCCUAAGUCUUUGUUGCGUAUGCUUCAGGAGGUUGGGAGGCAGCCCUGAGUCAUAUCCCCGCUUAUUUCUUGCCCUAGGUCCGCCUGGUCAUCGCAGAAAAGGGGUUACCCUGCGAAGAGCGGGAUGUGAGCAUGCCACUGACUGAGCACAAAGAGCCAUGGUUUAUGCGUCUCAAUCUUGGGGAAGAGGUCCCUGUAAUCAUCCAUGGAGACAACAUCAUCAGUGACUAUAAUCAGAUCAUCGAUUACAUGGAGAAGAACUUCACAGGAGGUAACAUUCUAGAAAUCUUUUCCAGCUAGAAUUCCCUUUUGAUAAUUAUAAUACCAACAAUUACUUUAUAGACAUUGUUUUGCUCUUCCUAUCUCUUGCAAGCCCAGUACACUUCCUUAAGCACAGUUUCUUUGGCCACCUCACCUUAAAUGCUCACUGAUCUACAAAGGCAUGAGGCAAGAGCAGCUGGGAAACCAACCAGCUUUGGAGAAACAAGCCAUAGUUUGUUUAAUCGUCUGUGAGACAACUCGUGAUUAGUUAAAACAACCCAUGGCUUAAGCAACCCAUGGAUGCCUACAGGCAGCCACCCAAUCUUAAACAACUCCUCACCCACAAUAAUACAACAACCAGACUUAACAUGGACACUGGUACCAGAGCCUGCAAUAAACCCAGAUGCCAACUUUGCUGCCACAUACACCCGGACAACACCAUUCUGGCCCCAACAACAUCAAACAUACCAUCUCAGGACUACUUAACUGCUCAUCUUCUAACAUUGUAUAUGCCAUCAAAUGCCAACAGUGCCCUUCAGCUCUCUAUAUUGGACAAACAGGACAAACCCUACGCCAAAGGAUAGAUGGACAUAAAUCUGACAUUAGGAAUCACAAGACAGAGAAACCAGUAGGAGAACACUUCAAUCUCCUAGGACAUUCUAUACAAGAACUCAAAGUAGCUGUCUUAUUACAAAAGAAUUUCAGAAACAGACUGGAAAGAGAAGUUGCUGAAUUGCAACUUAUUACCAAACUUAAAACCAUGGAGAGACCUGGUCUGAAUAGAGUCAUUGGAUUCUUAUCUCAUUAUACAUGAUUAAGCUGUUUUUAGCCAUCUCACCCCUUGCUUUUUCCUAUAAGACCAAUUGCAGUCGUUAACAGUCAUCAACAGGUUUACCACACCUAUCAGCCAAUCACCCGUUCCCACCACCCUUCUGAGUAAUACCCCCCCACACCUUCUCACUAUAUAUAAGGGUCUGGUGACUUCUGUUUCAGUGUAUCUGAAGAAGUGUGCAUGCACACGAAAGCUCAUACCAAUAACAAACUUAGUUGGUCUCUAAGGUGCUACUGGAAGGAAAUUUUUUUUAAAUUUUGUUUCGACCAUGGAUUUGUGUUAUCUGUGAAUCAGGUCAUUGUGUUGUUAGGUUUCCGUUUAUUGCCACUGUGCGGUGCUUGCAGUCACAAGACUGUUUACAUUCCAGAGACUCCAGGCUGUUGGAAGUAGCAAGGAAUGUGACAACCACAGUCUCAUUUUUAAUUUUGGCGGAAGAACUCAGAUCCUUCAAGUGCCCCUAUUUUCCAGGGACAGUCUCUAAUUUACAGAAGCCGCCCUGGUUUCCAAUUUGAUCCUGGCACGUCCCACUUUUCCUUGUUGUUGUUGUUUAGUCGUGUCUGACUCUUCGUGACCCCAUGGACCAGAGCACGCCAGGCACUUCUGUCUUCCACUGCCACUUUUCCUUAGGACAUCCUUAUUUCCAUCAAAGAAAUAUUAGAGGGUAUGGGGUUAUGCAACCCCCGAGUCAAGGAGAUAAGUAACUAUACAACCUUUAGAAGACAUCUGAAGGCAGCCUAGCAAAAGGGACAUUUUUUAAUGUUUAUUGUUUUAUUAUGGUUUUUAUAUAUGUUGGAAGCCACCCAGAGUGGCUGGGGCAAGUCAAAUGGAUGGGGUAUAAAUAAUAAUAAUAAUAAUAAUAAUAAUAAUAAUUAUCACCGACAUCAUUAUGGAAUAGGAUGUCUAUUUUCAUCAGAGAAAUGUUGGAGGGCAUGAGAGCUGAUUUUACAAGGGAGCUGUAUCUACUUCUCUGUGUUAAUGUCAUCACUAUGGCCUCCGUUCCCAGUUUUUAUUUCUGUUUCCAAAGAAUUGUCAGGCUUCAAAAGCUUAAGAGGGACAUUUCAAUGGGGUCUUACAGCUGAUAUCACAGAUCCUGUCAGCCAUGCAAGCAGAGGCUUUAAGAAUGGCCUUAAAAUAGAUCCGUGAAAAAGGAGCCUUGGCAGCUUCUGUGUUCAAGUACUUUGCAUCCAAAUGAACUUCCCCCGCCCUUUCUUGCAUUCAGCAAAUUUUAGCAGGGGUAGGAAACACUGCCCAUGAUAUAUGAAAUCUUGGAUUUUAGAAUGAGUUGCUUUUUGCUGAGUCCCCCUAAAAAUACAACUGAGGCUCCAAUUCUACAUAUACUUACCUGGACGUAAACAUGAAGACACAUUUUUUAAAUACUGUGGGACCAGUUUGGAAAUGGCUUUUGGGAUUCAGUCAAAACAUGCUUUUCCCUCCCACGAAACAAAACAGUUCUUCAGAGGUUGGGUGCUCCUUGUUAUUGUUGUGGCAACCUUAGGGUGAAGGGUGGGUGGUGGUAAUAAUAAUAAUAUUUUUUAAAAAUUAAUGAUAAUUUUAUAUACUGCUUAAUGCUAAGGUAACUCUCAAGCGACUUACGAAUCUAAAGUUGUCAUAUAGCCAGAAUUUCCUGGACACAGCCAGAAUAUGGUCGUCAUAAACAGUGUCCAGGCGGAAUUCGCUGAAAUGUCUGGGAAAAUCUGGACAUAUGGCAAUCUAUGUCUAUAUUUUGGCAAAUUUUCUUUAAAAUAGCUCCAAAACUUCAACUCGUGUGUCUGGAUUUUCACUUUUUGAAAUAUGGCAACCCUAGCAAAACAUCAAAACCAAUCGCACAACCUUGAUCAAAUUUCUCCCCCACCUCUGAGUAAACAUGUUUAGAUUACUUAUGCGCUUUCUCUGCAGCAAGGGUGCCAACAUUGAUCUAUCUGGGGAGUGCAAAAUCUCUACUGCAGAAAAAGCGUGAAAGCGUGAGGUGCAACUCGCUUGUGCUUCCUGUUUCAGUUGUUUGUUGGGAUGUGUAAAAUGUAUCUUCAGCCAAAAGAAGGUUCCUUGCCAAUGCAGAGGGUGGAACAGCACAGUUUCUCACCGCCAACAUCAUGUUCUGGUGGCUACACUGCCUAAUCACACCACACUCCACAAUUUAAGGACAGUGUUGUAUUUUAUGUCUUUAUAUAAAUCAGUAAAUCAGUACCGGUGAUUGUUCCCCUUGCUUUUGUGAAGCAAGUGUUGCGGUCCGGAACCCAGUCUGAUCCAUGUGUCAAAGUUCCCUGUGGGUCACCAUGUCAAAUGGUCACUGGAUCAGAGUCCCAUGUCCAGGAGGGCAAAGUCUAUAGGCCUGCUGGGCCAAUAGAUCUAUUUAGAGCCUAAACCUUAGGCUCUGAAGCAGUGAUGACCGACCUGUGACCCUCCACUAGGUGUCCUUGGGCUCCAACUUCCAUUGGCCCCAUUCAGUGAGCUCCAGGUCAGGGAGGAUGGUAAUGGUAGUCUAGCAACCUCUAGAGGUCCCACACCGAACUCUAAAGCCUGCUCUGCACGUUGUAGCAGAAUGGCAUGAUAGGACCCUAAGGUGUUAAGAAUGGAGUGUUUCCUACCACUUCAAAGUCAGUGUACACCUUAUUGGCCUCACACACCUAGGUGGUUGUUAUUGUUUUUCUCAAUUUGGAACAAACCUGGGUGGGGGGAACCACACACACAUCAAAAUGCAAUAUUCACAAGAAAUAACAGGAUAGAUAUAUGGAUUGGGGUUAACAUAAUGUGUAUGCCUCUUCCCAAAUCUGUGGUGUAGAGCUCACUUGAUGUAGAGUAAAUGAGAGUGUGUACACAGCCAUUUUUCGAAUGCUUCCCUUCCAUUAGCAAAGAGAUGUCCUUAUUUAACUCCUUAUUUUGGUAAAUUGAGCACUCUCUUUUAAUGAGAAAAGGGGAAAGAUUGGAAAGAAAAAGCUUUUGUUAUAUUGGUAUUAUUUACAACUGAGACACUUUAUUUGCUAUCAGCAGUCUUAUAAACGAUCCAUUAAAGGGUUUUGGCGUUGAAUAAACCUUAUAUGGGCCAAUUCAAUCAAGAGGCUUAGGGUGAGGAAUUGCAAUAUUCUAUUAGGAUUAGAGCCAGGAGAUCUCUAAACUAGAAAGGUAUAAUAAGAGAAAAAUAAACAGGGGCUUUCCGCCCAAUUAAAUGCUCAGUAGUUGUUUAUCUGUUAAGGUAUGCAUUGAUAUUCUGCAUGUGUUAACCUGAAAGAAAUAUUUAAGGGAGGAAACAUCUCGAAGAAAAAAUCCUUCCCACGCCUUGUGUGUGGAGCCAAACGCAGCAAGUCUGGGUGCAUGAGAGAGCUCCCUAAAGCUGCUCCACGUCUCUAUCUUCAGAAGAUGCAUUACAAGCAGAAAUUCAGAAGGGAAGGUUUUCCCUUGCAGACUCACAGAAGUAUCUUCAGCCAAAUUUGUUCUUGCCACCCAGUUGUCAAAAGCCAUGUGAGCCCAGGGGCAAGGCCGCCCCUUGAUCACAAGACAGAGCUCUCUUCACAUGUAGAACACAUCAAGGGGGCUGUUGGCUCCAGCAAAGCUCACAAAGUCUGGAGACCCCAUAUAGAUGCAGGAAAACGUAUCUGCAUAAACAUACCGAAAAGCAUGCUGUAUGAUUUAGCCGCAUUCUCUUGCUCGCAGUAAUGAGCUUACAGCCCAGAUCAGAUGCCACUGACCUUCAGGUCUAGAAAAAACAACAACAUCCCCUUUCUUCCCUGCGCCUCCAACCUGCUCCCUCUAUGCUUGGGCCCUGGCAAACAACAGCAAGACAUAACCUCCCCCACCCAAAAAAUACUGCACCACUGAAACAUGCCAGUAAAUUUACUCACUGUCCAUUAAGUACUAUCUCUUGAGCCGAUAAAAAUGAAUGCCUCUGUAAAACAUGGCCCAGAUAUUCUGAAGAGAAAUACCAUCUUCCUUCUUCCAGCAUUGUCCCCGCUGCGUUUUUAGAAGUAACUGUAUUUGAAAGAUGGAUGCCUGCUGUCGUGGAAUGACUUGGGGGAAAUAAGGCCAGCAACUGUAGGGACACUUGACAUCCAAACAAGGGCUGAAUGGAUGAGACACAGAGACAACGCAUGUAGAAACCUGACAGAGAAGAUUUUGCAAGUGAUGAGCUGAUGUAGGAACUCUCGAGGUCUUGGAUGCGAGGCAGCAAAAGAUAAAUUUGAGCAGUGGAGACCUGGACUCAAAUUCAUGUUGAAUCGUAACAAGUCUUUCGUUACCAAAUCAAAUGCGCAAUCCCGAAUCAUGUAGUUAAUACGGACACUUAAAAGUACUGAAUUAUGGGGCUUAUGCUCAAGAAACUCACAGUUAGUUACAAGAUUUGAAUCCUUCCCCCCCCCCCCAAAAAAAUGUUAGAUUUCUUUUCCAAGCUUUGGAAUCGGACUCAUUGCAGCCCAAACCCGGGCAUAAAUGUUCAAGACCAUUCUGUAGUGAACAUACACACAAAUGCAGAUAAUGUCUUGCAUUUCUAAUUUGUAUUAAUUUUUCCCCAGCCCUAGUUGAAAUCCUUGUAAUGUUAUAGUGUCCCUGGCUGGGCUCAAGCACAUUAUUAUUAUUAUUAUUAUUAUUAUUAUUAUUAAAAUUUCAAAUUUAGGUACCAUCAUUAUUGAAGGUUAUGAUUUCAGGCUGUUGGUGCAGGAUUUGGAGGUUUAGAAUUGUAGAGUUCGAAGGAACCGCAAGGGUGAAUGCAGGAAUCAUUUUGCCCAACAUGGGACUCAAACCCACAACCCUGAGAUUAAGAGUCUCCUGCUCUACCAACUAAGCUAUCCCACAUAUGACUACUGUCUCUGUGCUGCCUGUUUCUUCUAUGUUACCUUCUUAGUCUUUGCCAAAAGUCCCAGUUCCUUGACAUUUUAAAUAUUGGAUGCAAAACAACCCGUAAGAACUAAGCAAAUGCAACAAAUGUACCUUGGAUCCCGAACGCCUUGUGAGUUGUAUGUUGUUGUUUUUUUAUAAGAUAUUUAUUGAAAUUUUUUUCAAUUGAAAGUGUUACAAAAUAGAAUAAAAGCGGUAGAAAAUACAAAAUAAAGAUAAUUAACAAAGUAGAAAAAGAAAAAAACAAACCCCUUCCAACUGUAUGAAUACAAAUUCAAAGAUAAGAAAAAGUGACAAAAAAAAUACAAAAAUACAUCACAUACGAUUAAAAAACAUUUAAAAACAAAUUCAUUAUUCUCAAAUCCUCAACUGUCAUUACCUUCUUUCUUUGACCUCCUCCUCCUCCCUUUUCUUUGUAUCCUAGUUAUUAAUUAUCCCAGCAAAUCCUUUCCAUAUUUCAUAAUAUUCUGUCAUUACAUUACCCUAAACUGUUUUAAUCUUAUCUUUCUAUAAUAAAAUAAACCUUAAAGCUUGAAACUUAAAUCUUAUCCUUACCCACUUCUCAUAACCAUAAUAUUCUUUCAUAAUUCUUUAAACAUCUUUACUAAAGCCAAGUAAUUUCAUUCCAACAUUUUUCUAACAUUCAUCAAUUUUAUAAAACAGUUCUAAUGGUAGAAAAAAGAAAUACAAACGAAUCCAAUCUUCAUCCAACGUCCCUUCCUCCUGGUUCCGGGUUUUGUCAGUCCUUAUUAUCCCGUCGAUCUAGCCCAUUAACCUGGCAGCCUUAUAUCCGAGGCCCUCAAGUCUCUUCCAUGUCCCUUCCGCAGCUCUUCUUCAUAUUUGUAACUGCAUUUUCCCUUGUCUCCUGCUCGUAGUAACUCCAGCUUGGCAAUAUUUUUAACCCUUCUCGACAGAUCAGCCCCUUUUCCAUAUUCAACACUGAAUUCCAUAUGGUAUUUAAAAGCAUGUUUCAAAGACCCUCCAAAAUUAAGAGCCCCCACAAUCCCAAACAUCUCACGGCCCAUUGCCAGAUUUGAGAAGUCCAAACAUCCCAGCAUAGGGGGGGGGGGGUCAAUCCAGCCCCCCAUUUCUAAGCCAAACCAAACUUUUUCUUUCCAAAUCUGGCUUUUUCCAAGUUCAUUUGUCAAAUCCGAAAACUCAUAUUCCUGUUGGGCCUGUUCUGUCAGGACACACUCCUGAUUUAAUUUCUGAGUGGGCUCCACAUAUUUUCCCACUGUCUGUUCAAAAUUUCCCACUGCCUGUUCAAAAUUUCUAGUCGAAGUCGCCAUCCAAUUCACCUUUUCAUGUAAUUGUUCCAGUAGGGCAUUUGUUUUAUAGAAAGCACACAACAAAGCUUCUGAAUACAUUGUCCUGCAAGGUCAAAUGCCUGUUCCCACGAUUGUUAUCUGUAACAGCUGCCGGCUCCCUGGAGUUAGUUACAGUUACACAGUCUCCCACUAGGGGGGAAACUUCUAUUUGUUCUUGCAACAAAGUUUCCCUUUUUGAGAUACUUUGUCAAUAUUUGUUGCUUAAAGAUGCGAAGGGAAGCAGUGGAAUCGCUAUGUUUCUCUUUUUUUAGCUAUCUGUCAAAAACGCUUGUCUCUGGUCAAUGAACUUCAAACGUCAGUCCUGACACCCCGCUCCAGAAUCAGGAUGGAGGAAAGUUACUUUACUUUAAACUCACUUUAAACAGUCCGGAAAAGAUCCACCUCCUUCUCCUGCUGUCGAAGGGGGGUUCCACAAUUUUAAAUGAUGAAAUCCAAUCCUUUAAAGGCAAUUUUCUAAGCUCUAGUUUACGUUGUCUUUGCUUUAUUCUGUCUACAGAAGAACGGAAGGCUGACUUCCUGUUUAGACCUUCCCGUUCCGUACCAAAUUAAAAUAGGUUUUUAAAAUCCAAUUCCUUUCUGCUUGCAAGUCCUUAUCUAAUGUCCAGUUGUUCAAAGUCUAAGUACUCACGGGUGCUUAUUUUAGAGUCCAAAUUGUCCCAGGAAAAAGGCAGCGCUCUCCAGCAACGGCUGUGCGGCUUCGCUCCACGGAAAUAGCAGUUGACUCACAGCACCGUGCCGCUUCCCCCUCUUCACUUUGGAGCCCGUUAGUGGGUUCCUUAGCGAGUUGGGGGGGCGCUAAAGGUGCCCGCCGAGUCCCAUGAUCACAGGCUUCAUCCGCCUGUGAUUUUUAAAAGGGUCCCCGCUUCGCCGUAGCGGAGAAGACCCGUUUCUCACGGAGCUAGUCCCUCCUGUUCAGAGGGAGUCCGCCAUUGCCGGUGGUGCCACCCCGGAAGUCCGUGAGUUGUAUGUUUUGGCUCCCGAACGCCAAGUGAGUGUUCCGGUUUGCAAACGUUCUUUGGAAGCUGAAUGUCCGAUGCAGCUUCUGUGGCUUCUGAUUGGCUGCAGGAGUUUCCUGCAGCCAGUCGGAAGCUGGUCCUUGGUUUCUGAACAUUUGGCAGUCAAACAGACUUCUGGAAUGGAUUCCGUUUGACUUCCGAGGUAUGACUGUACUCAAAUUGUGUCCUCUCUUUUUUAUGAAUAGAAAAUCUGAAGUAGAAGAGAAAACCCUCAUAUAAGCGCUGCGUGUAACUAAAGAAUGCAUAUAUUUUAGUUUUUCUUGCCACAUUUCAGAGCACGUUACCCAGCUAAUUCCGGAGGCGGGGAGCGUCCUUCAUUCCAGAGUGAUGCAGUACAGAGAGAUCCUGGAUUCCCUGCCCAUGGAUGCCUAUACACACGGAUGCAUUCUCCACCCAGAGCUCACCAUGGACUCUAUGAUUCCAAAGUAUGCUACAGCCGAGAUCCGAAGUAAGUGGCCUUUGCAACGUGUUGCAUCUGUUGAUCCAUUUGAAAUUAUGCAAGAUCCCCCUUAGCACCCAACAGCAUAAACUGCUUACGAAAUUAUAAGCGGGCAUAUUAAAUGGAAGAGAUGGAGUAGAGCAGUGUGGCGUAAUGGUUAGAGCAUUGGACUAGGACCUGGGAGAGCAGGGUUCAAAUCCCCACUCAGCCACGAAGCUCUCUGUCUGACCUUGGGCCAGUCACCACCUCUUAGCCUAACCUACCUUGUUGUGAGGACGAAACGGGAAGGAGGAGAACCACAUGCACCACCUUGAGAUCCUUGGAAGAUAAAGGUGGUAUAUAAAUGUUAUGUACUGAAGUUCUUACCCUGGGCCAGCAGGGGGAUACUGUAGAUAGUUCAGGUCCACAUAUGCAAAUAAGGGAUUGAAAGUGACGUUCAGUGAUUGGAUAGUUACAGAAAAUGGUUACUGUUGCAUUCUAGUGGAGCUCUAUACAGUGAACAUCGCCAGCAGUGAGCACUGCCAUCAUGGAAAGCGCACAUGCACACAGGGAAUGCAAUUGUUGCAUAAAGUAAUCAGCAUGUAUACAUUUGUCAUUUCCAACAAAGCACAUGUGCAGUUUUCUGCAUGCAAGUACUGUGGCUAGUAGGAAAUAUUAGGCUGUGUACACAUUCCCAUUUAUUCUAGCUCCAGUAUGCUUCCACCACUGGUGUUUGAAGUUUUAACAUAUACGUUGCAUUAGCCACAACCCAUAUGUGUCCCAUAGUUUCUUAAGAAAUACUGCUGUUUGAGGCGUUUCCCCUCAAACCAGCUUCUGUCAAAUUUGAAAACGUGAGCCAAGGUUAAGCUGAGGUAUGCGCAUUUGAGAAUGCCAUUGCACAUGCAGGUGGCUGUGCAUGUGCAGAUGACAGCUUCACUGAAUAAGAAUUUGGCACAGGGAAACAAGCCAGAUAAUGCACAUUAGGUGAAGACAUCCCUGCUCCCUCUCUGGCGUGCACAACAGCAUAAAAAUGCGGCUUAAAACAUAGCGGGUGCAAAUGACCUCACUGCGUUUUAAGCUACUAAUGUGUGCAUAGCCAUUGUCUUCUGAAAACUCAAUUCAAAGCCUUGAAUGGCUUGUAGUAUUAUUAUUACAUCAUUUUACCUACAUCCUAGGCAUUCAGCCAUUAAAGAUGUUUGUUUAUGCAUGCUGGCAGCUCUUGUAAUUAAUUAAAGACAAUUACAGUUUGAAGAAUCCAGAUUGCGAAUGGCCAAAGCAGUAACAGGAUAAAAUAAAUAAAUAAUUGGAAGGGAGACAAAAGAGCUGAACUGCAUGUCUGCAGGGAGAGUUAAGAAUAAUAGACCAUCACAGUAUGACGGAGAGAACAAAAACCUCUAUACACUCAGGAGUAGCACAUUUGCAGGUUGCUUUAUGCUAAUGGCUUGGAAGUUAUUUGAUAGUUAUUCCGACCUGGAAGAGCUAGGAAUCUCUGAAAAGUCUCCUCAGAACCCCUUUGCUUUCAGUUACAGGGCAUAUUUGCAAAAGUUUUAUCCGUGGGGAAAGAGACUUUGAAAGACACCUCUUUUGUCAUCAUAUAAAAGGCAUUAUGAUUUAAUGCUGCUGGGAUUGUUAUUGGUGAAUUGUUGAUGCUUCUAAAAAGUAAUUUCUAACCCAGUGGAUGUUACCGCGGAAAAAAAGUGUUCGCUGAGCUUGCAUGGUAGAUGCAUGUAUGUAUAUUUGGCUCCAUCUGCACUAUAUAUUUGUAGCAGUAUCAUACCAUUUUAAGCAGUCCUGGCUUCUCCAAAAUAAAUAUGGAAACUGUAGUUUGUUAAAGGUGCUGAGAGUUGUUAAAAGGUAAAGGACCCCUGACAGUUAAGGCCAGUUGUGAACGACUCUGGGGUUGCAGCUCUCAUCUCGCUUUACUGGCCGAGGGAGCUGACGUUUGUCCACAGACAGUUUUUCUGGGUCAUGUGGCCAGCAUGACUAAGCUGCUUCUGGUGAACCAGAGCAGUGCACGGAAACGCCGUUUACCUUCCCGCCAGAGUGGUACCUAUUUAUCUUCUUGCACUUUGACGUGCUUUCAAACUGCUAGGUUGGCAGGAGCUGGGACCGAGCAACCUGAGCUCACCCCAUCGCAGGGAUUCGAACCGCCGACCUCCUGAUUGGCAAGCCCAAGGCUCAGUGGUUUAGACCACAGCACCACCCGCGUCUCGAGUUGUUAGGAUACCCCUAUUCCCCCCCUCCCCAACAGAGCAGCAGUUCCAAGGGAAGACUCUGGGAACCAUAGUUCUUUGAGGCGAAAAGAAAUCUACAAAUAUCUGUACAGUUCAGGUGGUUUGUGAUGUGAUGUGAUGUUUGUAUGUUGCUUGGGUUUUAAUAUGUUUCACAAGUCUUGUUUCCUGGGGGAAAUGGGGGGAUUAAGUAAAAUGUGUCUAGUUGUGGUUGAGAUAGUUCCCGACAAUCUUCACAACUGUUGCCAAGGGAAUAGGACUGUGUGGAAAUGGUAAUUGGGACAGUUAGCUCAGUUGGGGCAGUUAGCCUGGCGGCAGAGGAAGAGGGGUAGUUGGUAUGGCGGCAGCAGAAGCAGGGUCAAGUAGCACUCCCCAUUUCACCAAGCACUGGAAAAGGAUGUGCUGCCCCUGGGUGGAAGGCCUCUAUUUUAUUAUAAAUGAUGGAGGGAGUAACCUUUUCCCAGUAUGCAAUACUCGUACAAGACUGUACAGUCAUACCUUGGGUUACAGACACUUCAGGUUGCGUUUUUUCGGGUUACGGACCCACUGAAACCCAAGAGUACCGAAAUGGGUUACUUCCGGGUUUUGGCAGUUGUGCAUGCGCAGAAGCGCUAAAUCAUGCUUUGCACACGUGCAGAAGUGCCGAAUCGCAACCCGCCUCCCGCACGGAUCACGUUCGCAACCCGAGCGUCCACUGUAUUCUUUCUUGUACAAUAAACCACUACUGCAGUUCUUUUCUGGAAUUAAGUCUCUUAUGACACCAUCAGUGUUCCUGUGAGGAAAUGCUCUUGCACUGCUCCUUGGUAUUGCAGGGGGCCAGAUCCCCCCCCCCACCUUGCAGCUGUUCUGCCCCCCACAUCCAAUUAUAGAUAGUUCAGUUGGUAGCGCAUGACAUUCUUAAUCUCAGGGCUGUGGGUCUGAGCCCCACGUUGAGCAAAAGAUUCCCGUUUGGUCCCUUCCAACUCAACAACUCUAUGAUUUUAUCUCUGUAAAAUCAAUUGGACUUGGAAGAUACUUAACUUUUUGAUAGAUCAUGUCGUAUACGAGAGCUGGGCUGAGGGUCUUUGACUGGAUUUUGGCCUCUCUGGCAUGAAAAUUUAUGCAGAUUAGGUUUCAGAGACAGGACGAAUUGGCACCAGACUCUGUACUUGACCUACAAGCAUUCAUGAAACAUUGACAAUGCCUAAUAUAACUCCUCCACAAGGACGUCUCUUUAAAUAUGCACUUCUGCUCUGGACAGUGACUUUGUCACAAUGUCACCGCAGGGUCUUGCACUUUAGCGGCUCCAGAUAACUCUGGAUCCAACUGCUCAAUUUACAGCUGCGUUUUUUAAAAAAUGUCCCUAAAGUUGGCUUGAGAUUUGAAAAUGAAACUAGGCUUGCCUUAUACCUGAACCAGAUUUCCACGGGAAUGCCUUUCGUUACCACUUAGUCACCUGUUCUGGGCCUGGGUACAAUUCCCUGUUCCCCAGAAGAACAGAUAGUGCCUCCUGAAGCUCACAAGAAUGUGGGCACAAAUGUACCACGAUAUAUUUAAAAGCUGAGGAUUCUCAAAACAGACUCCCUCAGCCUAACCUACCUCCCAGGAUUAAGUUCUGUUAGAUGCUAAGUGCAGUGGUACCUCAGGUUACAUACGCUUCAGGUUGCAUACACUUCAGGUUACAGACUCCGCUAACCCAGAAAUAUUACCUCGGGUUAAGAACUUUGCUUCAGGAUGAGAACAGAAAUCGUGCAGCAGCGGCAGCAGGAGGCCCCAUUAGCUAAAGUGGUGCUUCAGGUUAAGAACAGUUUCAGGUUAAGAACAGACCUCCAGAACGAAUUAAGUUCUUAACCCGAGGUAUCACUGUAAUUGUGCCAGUACUUUAUUGCUUACGUGUCCACAGAACCUUUGAAAGGGAGAAGGAGAGCGGAGACAGAAAACCAGAAAAAAUUGGCUCUGCCUCAGGAUUUCUUUAGUCCCACUUACGGAAAUCCUCUUGGCCAAACCAUCAAGUCCAUUGGUCAUCACCUGCUACUGAUAAACAGAGGUGUACCUAGGGUCCCUUGCGCCCUUGGCAAGGAGCUGUAUCGGUGACACCAUCCCACCCCUGAAAAAGGCACUUUACGACAAUAGCCACAUUAGAAAUUACUGAAAUUUUAGAAUUUUAGAAAUUUUACAAUAACCACAUUAGAAAUUUUACAUGACCCAGGUAUUUGAAUAAUCCAGAGUGAAGGCAAGGCGAGGAGGAAGGGCAAAAUAAAUAAAUAAAUAAAUAAAUAAUGCACGCCUUUGUGCCGUGGUGCAAGAAGCACAGGAGGCUUCUUCCACAUUUAAUCUUGCUGCAACAAGUGGGGCUGCAUGGCCACACACAUAUACAUUAUGCACAAUAUAGUCUGAUUUUGUGCCAGUGUACUGAAAGAAGCAAAGAUUCCCCAGUGUUGAAGCAAUGAUUCUUCAACAUCAACUUCGUUGGACUGGUCAUGUUGUGCGGAUGCCUGAUUAUCGUCUUCCAAAGCAACUACUCUAUUCUGAACUUAGAAAUGGAAAGCGUAAUACUGGUGGUCAACAGAAGAGGUUCAAAGACUUUCUCAAGGCAAAUCUAAAGAAAUGCAGUAUAAACACUGACAACUAGGAAACAUUGACCUGCGAGCACUCCAGUUGGAGAGCAGCCUUUAUCAAAGGUGUCAUGGGCUUUGAAGACUCUCAAACUCAGGACAAAAGGGAGAAAUGUGCAAAGAGGAAGGCACACUUGGCAAACCCUCACCGUGAUCAACUCCCGCCCAGAAACCUAUGUCCCCACUGUGGAAAGAUAUGUGGAUCCAGAAUUGGCCUCCACAGUCACUUACGGACUCACUGUUAAAACCGUGUUCAUAGAAGAUAAUCUUACUCAGCUACAAGAGAUCGUAUAACAACAACAACAAUAAUUUAUUACCUAUACCUUGCCCAUCUGACUGGGUUUCCCCAGCCACUCUGGGCAGUUUCCAACAAAAUAUUAAAAAUACAGUGGUACUUCAGGUUACAUACACUUCAGGGUACAGACUCAGCUAACCCAGAAAUAGUACUUCGGGUUAAGAACUUUGCUUCAGGAUGAGAACAGAAAUCGUGCUCCGGCAGCACAGCAGCAGCAGGAGGCCCAUUAGCUAAAGUGGUGCUUCAGGUUAAGAACAGUUUCAGGUUAAGAACGGACCUCCGGAACAAAUUAAGUACGUAACCAGAGGUACCACUGUACAAUAAAACAUCAAACAUUAAAAACUUCCCUAAACAGGGCUGCCUUCAAGUGCCUUCCAAAAGUCAGAUAGUUGUUUAUUUCCUUGACAUUUGAUGGGAGGGUGUUCCACAAGGCGGGCGCCACUACUGAGAAGGCCCCUACCCACCAAAGUUGUACCCAGCCCUUAUAUGCAAAUUAGCAUCAUGGGCCUGUGCGCCAAGUAUUUUAAUUACUAGCAAUACCUCUGCUGGUGCCAUGUGAUCUUAGCUGCCCUUUCCUCCAGGAAACAGGCCGCUGUAAUUUGCAUUUGCUUUCAUUUUCAGAGGAGCCUUCAAGGGUAGCCCCAUGUACGGUGCAAUUGCAGUAGUCAACAAGUGUACAGCAGUGUCUAGUUCUAGACAAAGGAAAAUGCUCAGUGAGCAGUGAGUGAAUGAAUUAGCAAGCGUCUUCUCUCCAGGCUAAAGAGCAGAUUAAUUAGGCCAAUAAUGACCAAUGUUUAUCCUUCUCCUGUCCUGACAUUGCACCUCCCUUAAGUAAUCAGUUUUAAUUAUCACAGCAUCAUUGGCUCAGCAAAACCAAGGAAUGGGCUGUAAAUCAGCCUCCUAGUUGCCCUUUAUUUCUCAACAUUGCCAAAGUAAUUAAGGACUACAGCAGCCCUGUUACUCUCUCUUUUCUCCAUGGUGAACUUGAUUGAAUCAGGCCAGAGAACACAGCUUUUCCAAUUUAGCCUUGCAGUUUUCACAGAUGAGGUCAAUGGGCUUUUAUAAGAGAGAGAGAGAGAUGAUGAAUGAGCAUGAUAGUGGCAUUUGUAGAAAUUUGCUGUAGCUUUGGUGUCAGGAGAAGCUUGAAGCUAUAGGGAUGACAUCUCAACUGAGUUGUUGUUGCAUGAUAGGAAACCUUGAUGAUCUAGUCAGUUUCUGAAUCUGACUAGUGACCGCAGGACCUAAGGAGCUCCACACGGAGGUGAUGCUAUGCCUGCAAACAUCCAUUGCCAGGGGGACGUGAAGCAAUCACCUUCACACUAUACAAAAGUAUGCUAUCUCUGGGCUCACAAUAAAUGCGAAAGCAAAUUUUAAAUGCUCAAUUUGUAACUCCUCUGAUCUUAAAGCAUUAUCGAGAUAUCAUAAAAGCUGAUGUCUCUGUGCAAGUUAAAAUCAUUCAGGUGGGUUGCAGUUGAUCAAUUUGGGGUGUUUAUUUUGAGAAUCUAUAAUAGCUGCUGGAGAAAGGAAGAUAGCCCCAAGAAGCCAAAAGUCGCUCCGAUCUACCUCUCAUUCAUUAUGGCAAGAAAACUGCACUUUGGCACAGUAGUGUGAAUAUAGCUAAAUACUGCCCAGGUGUUAAUUUUAUGCCUACAGUGGUACCUCGGGUUACAUACGCUUCAGGUUACAUACACUUCAGGUUACAGACUCCGCUAACCCAGAAAUAUUACCUCGGGUUAAGAACUUUGCUUCAGGAUGAGAACAGAAAUUGUGCAGCAGCGGUGGUGCUUCAGGUUAAGAACAGUUUCAGGCUAAGAACAGACCUCCAAAAUGAAUUAAGUUCUUAACCCAAGGUACCACUGUAUUUGUGUUCCCUUAACCCAUUCUGAAAGUAUUGUGUAUACCAGGGGUGGGGAACCAUUUCCAGGGAGCAGGCCGGAUGUUUAGGAUACCCAAACCCAGGGGUGCCAGGUAUAGGGGGUGGAGGGGGCUUCAACUCUCCCAAUAUUGAGGGAGCAGCCACCCCCAUCACCACCAGGCACCCUCCACACACCCCAGCCCUAGCCUCCACCUGGCACAGGAGAUCUUUGCUUCUCUCAUCCCAGCUGCAGCCCAGGAGCAAGGCAGGGGCUGGGUCAAGCAAGCGCGGAGAUCACCCUCUGCACACCGGGCAGCAUGACGUGACAUGUUAUACAUGACCACGCCCCCUCAAUGUAGGGAGGCAAGUGGGUGCCCCUGCCCAAACCUCCCAGGCCAUUUUGACAGGGGGCACUUCACCCACAGCAAAGCAGGAAUGGAAACUGGAUUUUCUAGACUACUCUCUCAUUUGCCUUGUCCAUAUCGAACAUAACUUGCAGCACCGCUGCCCUGUGAACAUCUAGCCAAGCAAAUGAAUACUCAGCCAGGACUGCAAUGGGUGGUGUCAAAUAACUAUACCACAUCCUUUCCCAGUUCAGAAUUAGAGUAGAAGGUAAUGAAUUGUUUUAAUCAGAGGUCCUUCAAUCUGUAUCUUGUUUUGUCACGAGUCUCUUUGAUGAUAGGUCUUUUGCAAAAAGAUUUCCCUGUAGCUUCAGGGCCAACCUUAUCAUGCUAUCUCUUAAAGUUCUGCUGAAUUUCUGCAGUGCCUGACUGGAUCAGAACUGAGGUACAUUUUGUGCUGUCUCCUCCUGGCAAAGCAGUGCACCCAGUCUAGACAGAUAUGGACGUAAUCCCCUAACAUGAAAGUUUAAUCUUAACUCCUAUACAUAUUCCAUAACAUAACCAGUCUCCCCAGAGCUCCCCAUCAGCAUUUUAGCACACAUUUAGCAGCCAAAUAUACACGUUUUUGGAUGAAAUUUUGACAAGUCUGUAUAGUUUUGCAAGCAAUUCUCCUUUUGUAACAUACUUUUGGAGGACGCGAGUGGCGCUGUGGGUUAAACCACAGAGCCUAGGGCUUGCUGAUCAGAAGGUUGGCGGUUUGAAUCCCUGUGACGGGGUGAGCUCCCGUUGCUCGGUCCCUGCUCCUGCCAACCUAGCAGUUUGCAAGCACGUCAAAGUGCAAGUAGAUAAAUAGGUACCGCUCCGGUGGGAAGGUAAACGGCAUUUCUCUGCGCUGCUCUGGUUCGCCAGAAGCGGCUUAGUCAUGCUGGCCACAUGACCCGGAAGCUGUAUGCCGGCUCCCUCGGCCAAUAAAGCGAGAUGAGUGCCGCAACCCCAGAGUCAGCCACGACUGGACCUAAUGGUCAGGGGUCCCUUUACCUUUACCUUUAACAUAUUUUUGCAUGUUAUUUUUACUAAUAUUACAUGCAUUUUCAUUCACACUUUCCAUUAAUACAUGCGUUUUUGUACACAUAUGGUCAGGUAUCUGCAUCAAGAAAUUUGGAGAAGUGUGGAUUUUGAAAGGUUAGCUGAUUUUCAGUUGAAAUAUUGAUUUGGAUUAGGUAGCUUUGCGUUAAAAUGCACACCAAAUGAACUUUCUCCUACAUUGCUACUCCCAAGUAACAUUUAGUGAGUUCCUACACUGCAUCAUGGGGUCCAGCUUCUUGCAUAACCAGCUAGAUGGGGAAUUAGACAAUAAGAUUCCUUCAUGUCCUUGGAUUUGAUUUGAUAUCCCGCCUUUCACCCCCUUUAAAGAGUCUCAAAGCGGCUGACAUUCUCUUUUCCCUUCCUCCCCCACAACAAACACUCUGUGAGGUGAGUGGGGCUGAGAGACUUCAAAGAAGUGUGAUUGGCCCAAGGUCACCCAGCAGCUGCAUGUGGAGGAGUGGAGACACGAACCCGGUUCCCCAGAUUACGAGACUACCGCUCUUAAUCACUACACCACACUGGCUCUCACACUGGCUCCUUGUUCAAGUAGCCAGCCAAACAGAAUGGAGAGGUGCUUAAGUGAGACACUUGGUAGCUGGAGUGGAGAAAGAAGAUUAAUAAGGAACAUAGGGAAAGAUAAAGAGAAGGCCAGAGUAAUGUGCUGGGAAAUGAACAUAAAUUUCCGGAUUCUUAGCUGAACCAACCGAGCAUGAAGCAUCUGUCUCUCCCUCCUGUUCUGACUUGGAAUGGCAUCCAGCCAGGGUGGGUAUCAUUAAGCCAAGGCUGCAAGGUGCCAUAGUUUCAUUUAACUGCUGCAAAUAACACAAUAAAAUGCAUGCAAUUCCAUAUAAGAAAUAAAAGAAGCAAAAAAGACACAAUUUGAAGAUUAUUUGGCACGGCAUAUUACAAUUGCUGCAACAGGCAGAAACAAAAUCAUUAAGUGGUCUACCGAGACCCUCAGCAAUUUUCAUGCGGUCCGUGGGGAAGGGGAAUUUUGGAAAUCAUGGGCCUAGGGAAGAUUGGUCACGAAUUAGCCGCCCUGAGCCCGGUCUUGGCUGGGGAGGGUGGGGUAUAAAUAAAAAUUUAUUAUUAUUAUUAUUAUCAUCAUUAUUAUUAUUAAUUAACCCCAAUCUGUUCUCUCCUACUUCCACAGGACAUUUAGUUAAUGCCAGCUCAGACCUGAUGAAAUUAGACCAUGAAGAGGAGCCACAGCUAUCAGAGCCAUACCUUUCCAAACAGAAGAAGCUCAUGGUGAGAUGCUCAUAGCAGCACACACACAACAUUUAAGCUGUUUCAAUCUGUUUUUAGUUUAUCAUUGUUUUUAAUUAUUUUUUGAGUGUUUUAAAUAACUGUUUUUAAUGAUACUUUUAUUGUUUUCAUAAACUUCUAUGAGGCGUGUUGGGGUUUUUUAAACAAUAAAGUGGCAUGCGGAUUUGGAUGGCUAUUGGUACUGAAGACGACAGACGUUCAACUGAAUCCAGUUGUGCUGGAGUUGAGUGUUUUCUAGCAAACUAAAGUUUCGCAAAUGGGGUUGUCAGUUCAGAUCCAUUACCAGUGCUGCUGCUUGCCAUUUUGCCUGACAUCGCUGCCCUUACAGGGUGACCAGAUUCAAAAGAGGACAAGGCUCCUGCACUUUAACAGCUGUACAGAAGGGGGGGGGGAUUUCUGAUGUACGUAAGAAGGAAUUUUAGAGUUGGAAGGAAGGGAACUUGGAGGUCUGGUCCAGCUACCUUCUCAAUGCAGGAUCUACAACACAGGAUGCAACUAGAGCAUCCCUGACAGGUGGCUGACCAGCUUUUACUUAAAUACUUCCAGUGAAGGAGAGCCCACCACCCAAGGCAGUUUGCUCCACUGUUGAACAGUUUUUACCAUUAGGAAGUUCCUUCUAAGGUUGGGCUGAAAUCUGUUUCCCUGCAAUUCCCACCCACUGGUUCUAGUUCUGCUUUCUGGAGCAACAGCAAACAAGUCUGUCUUAGAUAAAUUGAUUUAUUGCUCAGAUAGGUCCGGCACGCUUCCCCAUCGCGGGCCUCUGCAUUCCAAUGGUCCGACAUCUGAGCAUAGCAGAGUUGAGAUCAACAGCGGCUAGAGGAAGCUGCAAAAAAAAACUCCAGUGCAUUCUUCAGUGUGCUUAAAUAAAGUCCACACAGGAUCUUAGCAGCUAGAAGCAGUUUUAUUUACAGCAGACUAUCCAUUAUCUAUCACAGCGAACAGCAUCGCGAAAAACACGUCUUCUCUCCUCAAAAGCGAAAGUAGAGAGAAAGAACAAAGACUUUAGUCUCUCGGAACUGACGUAGCUUUCCCCCCCUCCCACUAGUAGGCAGAGCGUACACUCUGAGCUGUUUAACCCUGUAAGCUCAGGUUCUCCUCACAGUCUGCUCCAUCUUUGGCAGCCCUUCAGAGAUUUGAAGACAGCUCUCCUGCCCUAAUACUCCCAGCUCAUACAACCAUUCCUCAUAGGACUUCCGUUUCCAGACCCCUCACCAUCCCAGGUGUCUUCCUCUGGACAUGCUCCAGCUUGCCAAUAUCCUCUUUAACAUGUGGCACCCAUAACUGGGCCCAGUACUCUAGAUAGCACUUGACCAGCACAUAAUAAAGAGGAGUUAUUGCUUCUCAUGACCUAGACACAAUGCCUCUGUUAGUGCAGUCCUGGCACAGGUUGUAAGGUGCUUUUAUGAACACAUCCCUGAAUAUUUGGACUUCCGAGCACCUCUUCUCACAGCAGAUUUGUCAGAUGGUGGUGUGGUUGCUCAAGAGCAAACAAGCAAGACCUGUCUUUUCCAGGCUUUAUUCUUAGUGCAAAACUAUUUACAGUGAAGAGCGUCACAAGUUCAUGUCUGGCUCAGUCGCUAGCAGAAUCUGGGAGUGGUCGGUCCUUGUACCUUCCCCAGCAUAACAGUCGCUUGACCCCCAACCUUCUCCUCCCCUCCCUGCGCCGAAACCUAAUGCGCAGAGUGGGCGCUGGCAAAGGGGUACUUCCCUCCUCUCCGGCUUGCUCAGGGUCGGUGUUGAGGCUCUCCCUAGCAUCCCCUGGUCCCACCACCUCCUCCCCACUGGAGGUGGGGCUUUCUUCCUUGCCAGAGGAAGAACUGCUUCGCAGGACUUUCGGAGGUUCCCUGUAACACAACUGCCCUUCCACCUCUCGCGUCUGAGCUGAUGGCAGUUCCCUGACAAGAUUGAUCAAAACAACGAUGAGACCUUUCAAAGUCAUUUAUUUGUAAAAUAUCCACUACGUUGGAUUAUUUGAUUGUUUGAUUAUUUAGAAUGUUGGAUUAUUUGAUUGUUUGAUUAUUUGAUUGUUGUUAGCCGCCCUGAGCCUGGCUUUGGCUGGGGAGGGCGGGAUAUAAAUAAAAUUUAUUAUUAUUAUUACGUUCAAAUUGUGUGAAAACACAUUCUUCUUGUUCAAUUUUGAUGUAAACAUUUACUGUUUAGGCCAAGAUCCUAGAACAUGACAAUGUGAACUACUUGAAGAAAAUCCUGGGUGAUCUGGGAAUGGUGCUAGAUCAGAUUGAAGCUGAGCUGGAGAAAAGAAAAAUUGAAUACCAAGGUAGGCAUCAUGCUGUUGCGGACAUUAUUUUCUAAGUCUGCUGCGCGAGACUGUUGGAGAGCAAACCUUAUUUGGCAGGUAAAGCUAGAGCAGAUUUUGUUAGAUGAGAUAUAAUCCAUUAUCAGAAGGAUGUUAUAUUUUGCUGUCAACUAUUAAUGAUUAUUAGUAGCAGUAGUAUCAUUAUCUGCUGUGAUGUUAUCAUCACUAAGGUAAGGCUUGGCAAGUCCAGCUGGCCAUAGCAGAUGACUGGACAAAAGGACUCACGGAACAAAGAAACAGGAAGUGCAGUGACUGCAUCUAAAGAAAGACUGAAGGUAGCGGCUGGGAACCUCAGACCCUGUGGCUAAAUGCCACGCUUGGAGUUCUCCAAGCUGCACCCCCUCUCUCCCCAGGUCAUUCCCCUCACCACCUUGCUUUGUGCCCUCCUUUAGUACUUUUGCCUGGUUGGAAAAUAUAAUUGAACCAUGGCUUUUGCUUGCCUGGAUGGAGGAGGUGUGUGUGUGGUGCCCUGUGCGAGGCCAAAAUUCAGCUCUCUCCCCCCCCCACCACCUCUCACCUUCCAUUCAGUUCAAUUCAAUUCACUACAUCACAGUUCAACACCUUGCAGCACCCCCUAGGCUCGGCACCCCAUAUGGGGGAACCAGUCAUGUUGCCUUAAAUCCCACUCUGACAUAGACAUCUCAAGGACAAUAUAGUUGCAUUAAGUUAGCGCUGCUUCCCUCCGCCCCAUCAAAACCAUUUGAAGCCUCUUCCUCAGUUCAGGUCCACAUUUCCUUCGAUCAAGACCAGCAGGCAUUCGUUUUGUUUGCGUCCAGCUGUGAGUCAGGUUUGAUUGUGUAUUCGUGCCAAGAAAAAUACAUUAGGAACGAGAGAGAGAGAGAGAGAGAGAGAGAGAGAGAGAGAGAGAGAGAGCAAUGAGUAUGCUUUGAAAAUCUCCUGUUGAGAAUAGCUCAGAAGGGUUCCAUGUUCUGUCAGGGGUCCUCCUGCUUUUCCCAGAUGAACCUUGACUGUUGCACUUACUGCAGCAACUCUUUAACACACUGACAUAUCAUACUUCAAAGAGAGCACCUAUAAUACUUAGUUAGGGCUGCCAGACGUCCGGAUUUUCCCGGACAUUACUGGGAUUUGAAAGGCAGAAUUGAUGUCCGGGGGGGAUUUCCAAAGAGCAGCGUUUUUGGGGUGUCUUGGUUUUUACUUUUUGAAAUAUGGCAACCCUAACAUAGUGAACCAGCUAAAGACUCAAGCCCAGAGAUGGAAGGCACACCGUGAGAGUUUCCUGUAGAAAUGUAUACUUCUGUUAAUGUGCUAAGUAAGUACAGGGAUAAGUUUGAUUCAAUUCACAUUUAAAUGCAAAACUACCUUAUUUGCACUUUACAAAAGCAUAUAUGAACUGAAACACAACCGCCCUUCAGAAUUUUCGCAGUUCACCAAAUAUAGCGGUGUAGUUCCGCACCCAUGUAACGUGUACAAAAAGGCAUAUACUAGGGUAAAAGGUGCAUAAAAAUGCCUAUGUUGGUGAAAACUACAAAAAUGCAUCAUAUUGUUUUUAUUCAUUUUAUUUCAUAAAAUUCAUGAAAUUGGUUGUAAAAAAAACCCAAAACUUAAAGUCAUAUUAGGCAAAAUCGCUUUGUGAAAAAAGUGCAUAUUUCCCAAAAUUUCUUUGCAAAAAUUGUAUAUUAGGAUAAAUUUGCUGAAGAAUUUUCAUGAAGCCUUAAGAAAAAUACUUUGCAAACUGAUAUGGAAAUAUGGAGAACUGUACUUAACACUGGAAAAAAUGAGAAGCCAGAAUUGACAGUGUUAAAAAACUAAUAUAUAUAUAUAUAUAUAUAUAUAUAUAUAUGUAAAAGUAUGUUUAAUUACUGUUGAAAAUGAUAUGUUAAAAAACUAAUAAAAAUUUAUAUAUAUAUAAAAGAGAAGCCAGAAUUGACAGAUCUACCCAUCCCAAGUGCUAAGCUAAUGCCAGCUGUGCCUGCCAUACUGCUGAAUCCACACCCAGUUAGUUGCAACAAAAUCAGUUUGAAAUGCUAGUUGUGACUAACUUGUUCUGUUGAUUUGAUCUGGAUAAAAAAAACCUUGAUCUGGAUAAAAAAAAACAGUGAUAUAUACUCAGGCAGGAGUUUAUACUAUGUUUUGCAACAUGAACGCUCUAUGGGUGGUUAUUUCCUUAGUGGUUCUUCUAAUUUAAUCAUAAUGUUAGGGAGCCUGCACGCAUCAUUUCCAAAAUUCAUAGUACUAGAGGGACAGGAAGAACCUCAUGAAACAGAUACUUCUUGUUGAAGGGUUGUUGUUGUUUUUUAAUCAAUCAAUCAAACUUUCUGCUUUCUGCCCACUGCCACUGUUCACUUCAGGUCCAAAGCUUGCAGGGUUCCAUAUGACAUCAAAGCACUGGUGGCUGUGAUCCUACAGUAUGUCAUGUCACCUGAGCCAAUUGAAGCCAAAGAUGUGCUGACACCAUAGUGCAGCAUUGAUUAAGGUUUCCAUAUUCUGGGGAUGGAGAGCCAGACACCCCACCCUACCAUCAGGGCACUUCCCUCACCAUCCCGCAUCUCCAUCGCUCACCCCCUCCCUGCUGCUAACCCCUUCCUCGCCCGCCUGUUCCCCCCUUCUUCCCUUCCCUCUUACCUUUGCUGUCUUCAGCCUCCUUCUCACGAUGGGAGGCUGAGUGGCCCUGGGAAGGUCAUGCAAGGCCAGGCGACCGCCAGGAACAACACCAGGCCUAGCACGACCCCCAGCAAGCCGCUCCAGGCCACCCGAUAUCUGCUUCCUGUUCUGGGGCCCCACAAAAAAAACCACAACAACAUGAAAACAGAAACAGAAAACCCCCAAAGCUGGACACUUAAUCCAAAAUGCAAAAAUCUGCCCAGAUGAGGGUGCUGGCCCCCAAAAACUGGAUGUGUCUGGGAAAUUCCAGACGUAUGACAACCCUGGCAUUGAUUCUCUGAUGUCAUAGACAGCUGUGUAAAUUUAGGGCCUGACAACUGACUCACUUGCAAUAGGAAACAGAGGCAUAUUUGGAGAAUCAAAGGCAUCAAAAGAGGCAGAACAAACAGAAAAGAGGAAAGAAGAGGAAGAACAAAGCACUGGGUUCAAGAGGACUAUUGGGGCAGGGAUUCAUAUGAAUACGGCUAGUGACUUCAGAUCCAGAAAAAACAGCGCCCAAAGCCAAGUGGAAACAAAAGUUCUGAAAUAAAAAUUAUCUCUGCCAGCUCCCUUCACACUCCUAGAAUCUUACAGUUUAUGGCGUGUUUGUUGUUUCCUAACACAAUGUACCCACUGAGCUUGCAGUUUGAGGUUGAAAAUCAGCACAAUUUUUCUGUUGAAAACCCUACCCACCCCCUGCUGCUUUUGCUCCCGCUGGGGAAAAGAUGUGGGUAGUUUUGACCUGAAGAGAGUUUGUGAAUACGUAUCUGCCCAAGAAAUAGCAGCAGGGAACUUUUCACACAGGAGAUAUAUUUUUAACAGCCUUUCCAGUGGAGAGAAUGGCUAUUAAAAACAAGUCCUUCUCUGCAGAAGACUGACAUUUCUAAUAACUGCACCUGCCAAUGUAUCCCAGGGCUGGCCUGCAGAGGGGUUUUCUCUUUGGCUUUGAAAGUCAGCCAGGUUCUAAUCUCUCAAGCCGCUUCUUAUUCUCUCAGAGGCUGUGCUUGGAAAGAAAAAAUAUAUCCUAGCAGGCUUGGUCGAGCUACAUGCAAAAGUGCCAAGGUGACAGACAUCACAGUGCGAGGUACCCAGUAAUUAUGAGUGCAAUAUGCUGCAAAGUAGGAGGCAGAGAAAGAGCUAUUUUUGGGUACCACAUUUUAUGCAUAAAAAUGUGCCAUUGUUAUAAUAACGAGAGCUGCUCAUGUUUUCAUUCUUCAGUGUCCAGCUUCUUCCUUAUUGUCUCUAGAAGUUAAAUUCCAGAGUGGGCGGUGGAUAAAUGUUGCGUCCAGUGGGCAUCCGUAUUAAUGCAUGGACUUUACAGAAGAAGCAGUGAGACAUGCAGACAAGAGUAAACUGGAAAAGAAUGUGCAUUGUGUUAAUGUGGGGCAUUAGACCUAGAGGGUUCCUUGAAAGGUUCUUUAGAAAAAGGUGACAGAGAGCUAGGGAUGCCACCUGUGCCACCUGGCUGUUUAUCAUUGUUGUGGCUUGCCACCCAAUCUCCAAGUGGUGCGAAAUUCCAGACAAACACUCAGGGUUCAUGUUUCCUUUUGGAAUGAGGCACAGCAGAGACUGUGGUGUCUUUAUGAUAUAUGGUUUAUUUACACAUAUAUACAACCUGAGCCCACGAUGGAGGGGUUCACAGCAUAAUCACCCAAAGAGGGCCCCAUAGCUUGCAACCUUGGAUUCAAUAAGAAAUCAAGCAUCGCUCUGUCUCUCUGGCUUCUCAGCCUGCUACUUCCUUGCUUCUAGCUCAAAUCACUCCACUCUCAACUCUGGCCUUUGUCUUUCUAGAUACCAGCCAGCUGAGGAAGGGGGCUCCACCCAUUUUUCUCCUGGCACUGAGCCACGCCCUUUGUUUCCUUAAUGGCCCAUUACCCAAGCUACCACCUCCAUUAGGAAGCUAGUCCGGCUAUUCCAGGAAUUUGAAUCUUUGCUUAAAUUUUCACAGUUGCUGGAUCCAGGAAUUAGAAGGGUCUAAGCAUACAGCUUUCUCCACACACUAAACUCAUAACAUCAUUAGUAUCAUCAUCAUCAUCAUCAUCAUCAUCAAGUAUUUAUACAGUGGUACCUCAGGUUAAGUACUUAAUUCGUUCUGGAGGUCCGUUCUUAACCUGAAACUGUUCUUAACCUGAAGCACCACUUUAGCUAAUGGGGCCGCCGGAGCACGAUUUCUUUUCUCCUCCUGAAGCAAAGUCCUUAACCUGAAGCACUAUUUCUGGGUUAGCGGAAUCUGUAACCUGAAGCAUAUGUAACCUGAAGCAUAUGUAACCCAAGGUACCACUGUAUCUCCUUUCUAGAGACAUUGGUGUAAAUUGCAAAAUAUUAAUAAACUUAAACAGAAGGAAAGUGCAACUUGUUAAGGAUGCUAAGGUUUAUUUGGAGAAAGCGACUUGCUUUAAAGUACAGUACAGAGACACCCUUAAUCUCAGGAAGUGUGGUGUCUGUGUAUCACAUGGCGAAUUUUCUCCCUUUGGGAAUGAAACCUGACAACAAGGCUUCACUGUGCAGCCAGUAGGCUAGUAUUCACUUUUGCAGGAGGUGGGGAGCUAAUUGGCAACCGAUAGAGAGCUUGGAUUCCAGCUGCCAAGGUUGGGCUGGGAGAAAAGAGCCCAACAAAUUCGCCAGCACAGUGGGGUUAAUUGCUCCAUUCCAAAGAGAGGAAAGUUAUUGAGUCCUCAUAUGACUCACCCUGAAGGCUCCCCUCUCCACUGCCUCACUGCAGGUUUUUCUUUGGGCUGAAGAUUAGCUUGAAGAACCAAAACAAACAAGCAAGGUGUUGCAAUUGUUUGAAAUUACAUCCCACCUUUUUGGGGGAUUAAGAAGGCCUAUAACCUUUAGAGUUGCCACUGGAUGCCACAAAGAUUUUGAUGAUGAAUGACUUCACAGUUUCAAAGCCUGCUGCAAAUGCUGUUCAUUCACGGUAGAUUCAUCAAAUUCUGCUAAGAUCAGCAGGGGAAGAGACAACACAGCAGGAAAGGGAAGCCUUGCCCUGCCUUUCUUCUUGUUCUAGUACCGGUUAAAGGAGUUUUGACACCAGACAAAUGACCUCUGAUUCAAUUUAAAUUUUAAUUGCAAAUUAAAAUUCCUCUGUCUCUGCCCCUGCAUUUUUCAACUGGCCCAAAAUUGAAGAGCUGCCCACCAUGUAGGCUGCAAGGAAAGGCUGGUUUUCUCUUUCUCUGUACCAAAUUUGGUGAAAAUCUAGAGUGGCCAGUUAGGCUUCGCCAAAAAGAAGACAAAAGUGGGUGCCAUAAAUUUACAUAAAAUCUCUGUGUUAAUUGAUAUGCAUAUAUGCAAAUUUAGUAAUUCAGAUAGCAAUUGAGGACAUCUAACCAUAACUGGGUGCCCUAUGUGCCUGCUUAGUUGAUUUGGCCUCUGCUCUGCCUACUUUAUAGCAGAUGGACCUUGGAAUGGAGAACUGCCCUUUGGCACCCUUACAGAGGACUGUCCUCUGUAAAGCAGGACACAAGGCUAUCCAGUGGAAAACAAGUGUAGAGUUGACAAAAUGGAUACGACUAAACAACAACAAAACUGGAGGGUAUGCAUUGCAUCAGCCUAAAAUGGAAGUCAAUAAGCUCCAAGAUUGGACUUUGUCUCCAUUCCUAAGUGUUUAGGUGUGACGAAACUUUUCUAAUAUAUUGCUUCUGUGUUGUCUUUGCUCUCCAGGGCAGAAGUGUGAACUCUGGCUUUGUGGGUGUGUCUUCACCUUGGCUGACAUCUUGCUGGGAGCCACGCUGCAUCGCCUCAAGUUUCUAGGACUCUCUAAGAAAUACUGGGAAGAUGGCAGUAGACCCAACCUACAGAACUUCUUUGAAAGGAUACAAAAACGCUUUGCCUUCAGGAAAGUUUUGGGAGACAUACAUACCACCCUCCUCUCGGCAGUGGUACCCAAUGCCUUUAGGCUGGUCAAGCGGAAACCACCAUCCUUUUUCGGAGCCUCCUUCCUCAUGGGAUCUCUAGGGGGGAUGGGGUAUUUUGCGUAUUGGUAUCUAAAGAAAAAAUACAUCUAA